UCACUUUCAUCGAUCAUGUUUUGGAAUCAAGAGCAAGUCAAUGGAAUUAUAAUCCCUAGAUUCAGAAUGUUGUGUGCCAUGAAGAGAAACAUCAGGUCUCAAUCGCAAUUUAGGUACCGCGCCAAUUCUAUCAUGGUGGACCACGAGGGACUAGCUGAAUAUAAGAAGAAGAAGAAGGAGAAUGAUAUACCACGCAUUGCCAAGGCUAAAGCUAGAGAUAUAUAUAAUGGAAUAAAGCUUAUUGCAGAACACAGAGCAUUGGAGGACCCAUCAGAGCAUUCAGAAAAGUGGAAGCGUAUAUCAAAGAAUUUGUCAGAUGGUGUGCUUACAAAAAAAAGUCUCAGGGCUGCACUUAUAAAAGAAUAUCAAGCUCAGGAACAACCCUCAACGGAAGUCCACUCUACCCAAGGUGAUGGUGGAUAUUCUCUGGAUUUCCUCUUGGGGAGUGUCUCACACAAUAAUUAAGAUGCAAAUGUUGGAGGAAGAAAUGAAUAGAAUUCUAGGUCUCACUAUUUCCUCACUUUUUGACAUUUGUACUUCGACAGAGCCUUUGUGAGGCACCUGAGGGUUCUCAGCAGCAGAUUGGGGCACGUUUGGCUUCACAAUCUUCUCAGACGUAGAACCUUACUUUCUAUUCACAUUCUACUUAUACUCAAAGAAAAUUAU